AUGUCAGCAAAAAUCAUUUUGUGGUUGGCUUUUGCUUUGAUCCAUAGAACUGUAUCACAGGAGCCUGAUCCAAUAUAUACAACAACUGUGCACAACAAUACAACGGCCUCAAUAAAGAUCUGGUGGAAAUCAGACAAUCCCGGGACAAUUGGUUGGACCAGGAAGGGGAGUGGUGUAUGUAUGUCUGAGAUUGCAAUGGGUUCUCUUGCCAAAUACAAGUUAACUCUGCCAUAGAUGGUAAUUGGUAUUGUCCAAAAUCAAGCACUUACUUUGUUGUGGUAGAGAACAGCACUCUAACUCGAGGGCAAUGUGCACGAACGGCAUCUUUGGCAUCUGUGACAUCUCUAGAUGCCAACCCGUGUAUAGAUACUUCGAGAACGAAUUGGCCUACCCCUUGGUGAGUCGAGCGAUUAUGUAAACUUAUCUUGUCCCAAGGCGAGUUGAGGUGGAGCCCUCCAAAGUCGUGCGCGACUUCUUCGCAUUGCGCGGUCACAUGCCAGAACUUUCAAAACUGUGCAUUGUCGAAGACACAUUUACUGAUACGAAGUUAUUAUCAAAGUCCCAGCAAUAAACGAUGUUAUUCUAUCGACAUCCAAGACAAAGAGGGUUUUGCCAGGGAAUCGGUAAUUUAUUACGGGUGUGAUUUCGAUGGAUCAGAAGCCGAGGCCUACCGCGACGAACCAGCCUCAGCAGCAGCCGAAAGUACAACCACUUCUUCACUCUCAACAACCACGUCACCACCCUUCUUAAUACCAACUCCAGCCUCCUCAGCAAUCCCACCGCCAACAUCAUUAGCGCCUUCACCACUUCCAGAAGCGACUAGUGUUCCACCCUCAUCCAAACAACGAGCAAAUAUACUCACGCAGGGCGAGAUUGCAGGUAUCGUCGUUGGCUCUCUCACGGUCAUUGUUGGUAUCAUCGCUUGGCUAUGUCCUCAUCCAGCAAUGCUGAAGCGGGGUGUGAAAUAUUGGCUUGCUGGAAGAUUUCAGAAGAAGAAACAUGAGGAUAUCGAUGAGUUGCCACUGAAUCGGCUCAACCGACUCAACCGAACUAGGACAUUUUGAUAUUAGCGGAAGGGAAUCAGGGCAUUGGCGUAAUUAUGUUACUCAUUUCACGGGGCUUGGUCGGCGUUGAUUGGCAUAAUUUGGUGUAUAAU